AUGUCUAUACUGUUUUUUGACAACAAGAAGAGCGCCGCCAUUGUGAAAGGCCGCAAUGAGGAAGGCAAAAGACUGAAGAGCCAAAUUAACAAUGCAGGUGAUCUCUCAUUUUGCAUCUACAAGCCAUCUGAGGAUACAAUUGUUUGGAAACCGACAAUUGACGGCAAAGAACAGAGUAUCGCUUUGCAGAAAUCUUCAAUGAACAUUUGGUUUGAGGAUGAACGAUUGGAUUACAAUACAACGAUCGACGACCACAUGGUGCGUAUGGACUUCCUCUUAUUGGGAAAGAAGGCGGUUAUAAUAAAUUAUUCGGAACCCCAAGGAAACAAGGAAGGCUCCUUCAAAUUGUGCAUCGAGGGUGAAGAAGUUCCUCAAAUGCAGUUGUCAUCCGAGUCGGAUAAUUAA